GUAACUGUGCAUACAUGGCGUCGAAAUAAGAGGAAGAAGUACAUUUAUAUAGCAGGCCAAAGUACAGCAGUAACUGAUGUACUCACUAUUAUUUGUACGCGGCAUACAUUAGACUAUAAACAUCUUAAAGCUGGACUCAUUUUACCAUCGCUUAUUCCCCUCACCCCGGAAGAAAAAUGAACCAAACGUAGAUCAAACAGGAGCUGAGGCCGGACAAACCAUCACGGAAGUAUCCUAUCUUCGUACUGUAAUUGAGUUUUCGGUCACAGCCUCGCUAGAAAUAUAACACCAACGAUAUGGGUGUCGGUGAGCGAAGAGGAGGACGUCGAGCUGGAGGUCGUCGACGUGCAAAUCAUCGUCGUAAUCACCGCAAUAAUCGACAUAACCGUCGCCGUCGACGUCAUCAUGGCGGUGGUGCCAUCUUCGCUGUUCGAUGGGGGAAUCGAACUGGUACUGCUGGCACGAGUGGGGAAACUGGAGCGGCCGUCACUCCGAGGUCCUAUCCCCUACUGGUGAUAUUUUCCGUGAUCGCCUUUGUCGGCAUCUGCAUGGGCAUGACGAUGUUGACUGUUGGAGGAUGGAAUGAUUCUUCCGUCGGCAUUGCCGGUAUCGUCAUCCUCAGCAUUAGCUCCUUGAUCGCUGUAAUUGUCGGCGUUAUGCGAUGUCACUUGAUGAAGAAAUAUCAGACUUCAGACGCCCAAGAGCAUGCAGGAGAGUUGGAGGCUGGGACAGUGAACCCUAAUAUGAUAGCCUCCAAUGAGACUUUGGAAGGAGAAGGCGCCACAGUUUCACAAGCUAAUGAGACGACAUCCUAUAUCGUCCAAACAGGUGCGCCGCCGUCUGUAGGAGUUGCCAUGGGAACGCAGCCCGGGUAUCCAUUAGGCCCCGCCCAGCCUUAUCCACCAUAUGCAACUAACUACCUAGGGGCAGCUUAUCCUCCCAACCCUGCACAACCAUCAAAUGUGGGCGUGGUCGACCCGCCAUCAGAGGGAGAAAGUGUACCCCCGCCCCCAUCCUAUGAUGACGUCAUCGCUGGUAAUGUGUAAUAUGACGAGGGAAAUGGACAGUCCUAAAAUGAUGACCGAUGCUAAAUGCUGACGUCUCAACACGGCCCUGAUUGAAACCAGUCUGCGAACUGUUUCGGGCUUUUACCGUGUAUAAAUAAAAUAAACUCAACUUAACGCUAGACUCGAUCUGGCGAUGUCAUUUUAAAAAUAUUUAUCUUCUUAAUAAACACAUCAUGAUUACUUUUUUCAGUAGUAUGCUGAAAUGAAUAUCAUAAUAAUAACAUAUUGAUAAUGUAUCAAAUGUCAGUUGCACACGAGGCGUUAUUUUAAUCACACCAUUCAAAGAAGUUCAAAAAGUAAAAUUCAAAUUGACUCUUGGGCUAAUUUCUCGAAAGUUUAUGCGAUCGUGUUCACAAAACAUAUUAUAAUUGCUACCCACUAGAACCGUGUUGGCGAUGCCCAACAUCUUUGGCGGAUCGUAUACAGCUCUAAUUUUGAGUGCACCCCUCACCACCCCCACGCCCAUCGACCCCUUUGUAUACAGACUCAGGUAGUAAGGAUUGCAAAUGCCAGUGCUUACAGAGUCGUGGCGAUUUAUAGGACUUGAUUGACCCCAUAUCAUUCUCGUUUUGUUGACGUAAUGUGAAUUUACACCAUACAUCGAAUUUAAUAUUUUUACGACUGAACAAAGGCAGGAAGUUUAACUCGUGCUUUUUUAGCUCAGGCCUACAUAUCUUUAAAAUACUAAGUAUGAUUUUCUUUGUAUACUAUGUUUAUCAUAUUCAUUGGUAUGUAUUAAUCAUUGGGUAUUUUUGUAGUCACGCUUGGUAUUACCUAUUUUCGUGUCGCGGAUUAUUUCGUUUUGUUUCAGAAAAAAAGUAUCGAAUUUACUUAAUACCCUGUAUUUUUACUCCUGUAAAUACCCUGUAUGAUGUAAUAAAGGCUCUCUGAAAUGCAUGCUCAUGUUAUUCAACCUUGUAUUCAAACUUUAAUUCGAAUUUGUUAUCAUGGUUAUGAUUGUUGUGGAGUAAAUGUUGAUUGGGCCUAUCUUAUUAGAAAGUUAUAAAUGAGAAAUGAAUUAUAUAAAAACAUA